GCAUGACAACAUCUGAAAUGCUGUUGAAGUUUUACACAGCCUGAACAGGCAGAUAAAUUAAAACCAUCGAAACCGCACUGCGCGUACUGGUAAACCAUAAUUUAAUACCGUCUUUUCCGUUUUGUACAUAUUUUUCACUUCAGAAUCAAAAUGGGUUUACUCGGCGAAGUAUCGUCCACUUCUAUUGCCGGAGGUCUGGUCUCCGUUGAUUUCGUUCCCGUUUGCACGAAAGCAGGCGGUAUUUUGUCAGAGGCUGAGUUCGAAUGCUUUCCGGUAAUCUUACAACGGGCCAACGAAUGGCUGAGCAAGAAUCCCACACUGGAGUUGAAGACAUGUGAGACGGUGGAAUUCUCUACACAGUCCAGUGGUGCACUGGUGAACAACACGGAAUCCGUCUAUACCCUGUCCGGCGAAGGAGCUAAUCGAUAUGUGCGAGCGUUGCGACUUUGGCUGCAACCACGAGCCGACGGUUCGUCCGCUGUCCAGCAGAUCGGCUACUACAACAUCAUGCCCACAAUCCAAAUGGGUCGUGACGUCGACAUCAACACCACCGAACGUCUGGACACCCUCAUCGACCAGUCCAAUGCCACCUUCGCCACCACGCCCAUCCAGGGCAGUAUCCUGACCAUCGAGACCAUCGCGCUGCGCGUCAGCCGCACCAAGGGCGUCGACCCCGACUGCACCGCAUGGACGGAGCGCGGUGCCAAGAAAGAGAGCUUCAUCUAUAUGUUGCGUCUCUUUUUCGAAACCGGUCCACCCCAGUACGAAUCCAUUGGGAUCGCGGACUUCGUUCCGGGCGUGCUGAGUGAAGGCCGUCGCUCGGAACGGCCGCUACUGCAGCGGUUUCCCCAUGUGCUGUCCAAAGCCCAUCAGUGGCUGCUGACACAGUCGUCCGCCAUGCGAGCGGUUAAUGUGCAGACGUUGCUGUACAAACAGCGCUGGACAUCGCACAUGGACACGUUGCGCAUGACGUACACGGAAGACGAGAUGCAGUCGUAUUAUGUCAGGUAUCUCCGGGUGGCCUAUGUGAUUGCGAAUCCAAAUGCGCCGCCGCGCCACGGUGGACCGAUGAAGUUGAACUGUAAACUGUUCACACCGGGAAUGCUGGAGCCGCCCAAGUGCUGCAACACGGCCGGCAAAUUCGAAAACCAACUUCAGGUGCGGGAACGAAUGUCCGGAUGGACGCGAGCCACCGCCGCUAACGUGAUCUCGGUGGAGACGAUUCCCAUGCGUGUAUUCAGCGGCGCCGAGAGUUCCGAAGGAUUCGACACGAUGCAUACGUGGAAUAAGAUCGACACGCAUUCCCAAUCGCAUUACAACGAUGACGGCGAGGGUAACAGUGCUGUUUCCGGCAUGAUGGCCUCGAGUACCGGCAUCCAUACACACACCGUGGAAUCCAAAGGGACGGAAAAUUAUUUGACACUUUACCGGGUGUACUUGGACGGUGUGUAUGUGGACCCACCCGGGUAUGCUGAAGUUGGUACCAGUGUGGAAACAUACAUGCGGCAACCGUACAGUGAAUGCAAUAUUUUAUAAAAUUAUUGUACAUCGUCGAAUCAUACAAAUUUCGAAUUGUGUGUGAAGAUAAUCUUUUCUUUAGCUGAUCGCUACACUGUGAUGUAUGAUAAACGUAUCGUAAAUUUUCGACUUCCGGAACGAAUAAAAAAAUAUCUAAUAUUCUUUGAGAAUACCUAUUAUUCUGCAGUGCUUUUUUUGUGAACUAACUAUAUGAGAACACAAGAAAGCCUAUACGUAACAGCAAAUUAACAAAACAACUAACAAAACACUUGAUAUUGUAUUGCAAAAUAAUACUUAAUUAAAAUCUAAGUAACGAUAGAAAAAACACCGUCCAUGUUAAAAUUUUUGGUAAAAGAUACGAUAAACGAGGAUAUUGCCGCACUUUUGUGUUAUUUACGAAAGGCAUGCG